CAACGUCGAAGCGAUAUAGAAGCAGAGAUUGCCCAGCGUACGGCCGAUGAAGCGCUAAGAGAUGCAAUCGCUCCGGUGACGAAUCGUCUUGCUCAACUUGUCAAUGAUGCUGAUCGCUUGUUAGGAGAUGCCGAAGGAGUACCAGCACAAUAUAGACCAAGUGCUGAAGAGCUGAGCAAUGAAUGCAAGAAAGCUGUUGAACUUCUACGGAACGCUCCUAAGACUCAUCCAUCCGUGGAAACUCUUGAAACUGCGCUUUCAUCCGCUGAGAACAUGAUUCCAGUUCUAGAGGAACGUGCGAAUAAUUGGGAUGAAUUUGUGAAGGUGAGGGAUGAAGCCGAUGUUGAAUUGGACAAAUUGAGGCAACCACUUGAUGAAGUGUUGGCGAAACCACGUAGAACAAUCAACGAUGCCAAACUUGACUUUGAUGUAAUAUCUGCCGAACGUCAAAAAUCUCAUAUACUCGAUGGUAAAGUUCGUCGACUUCAAGAACUCUCGGAACUGCUUGAUCCUUUGGACAGCGCCUACGCUGACGUUCGUUUCAUCGACGUUGACGCGGAACAGACAGUGCAACAAUACGAUGAUGUGCUGAAUGAGUUGUCGAGUGAAAUCGAAGACGAAAGCCUGCUAUGCGAUUCAGUCGAUCAUUUUAUCACUGAAAUGAACGCUAUUUGUGAAUCGCUUGCUAAGCAACCAACAAAGGAGACUAUUGAGAACAUAGAACAGUUCCAAAUUCCAGCAUUACGAGCACAACUUUCGAUGCUACAACAGAAACAUGAUGAAGCCAAUCACGGUCGUAAGCAUGUUGAUCCAGACUCGUCGCGCUUGUCGAUUUUGAACGAUCGUAUGGGUUCGUUGGAUGCGUUACUCCGCGAUGCGAAAGCAUCGACAGAGAAGGACGAACAGGAUCGCCUCAACGAACGACUUCGAAUCGGAAUAUUCGAAUUACAAUCGAUACCUCUUCGUGAUUUAUCUGAAAAGUCGUUGGAUGACAUCGAGAAAGAAAUCCAUGUUCUGCCAAGUGAAAACGCAGAACCACUUCAGAAGCAGAUCGACGACAUGCGUAAGUCGAAGAAACAACAUGACGAUGACCUACGACAAGCACAAGAACGUUUGGCUAUGAUCGAAGAUGCGAUCGCAACGCUUCCAUCUACACGUGAUAUUGAGACACUUGAAGCGAAUUUGGGACGUAUGCGAGACGCUCGAGAUAGUUUAGCGAAUGUAUCACCAGAUCUGUUAGCUGAAGAGAAUAUUGGGAACAGAGUGGAGGAUCUGAGAAAAACCAUUGACGAUUUAUCGAAACGUGAUGAAGAAGAGCUACAGAAGAUGCUAAUUGAUCGUGAUACUCGCAACAACGCCAUCGAGUCAUUGGAGCAAAUUCAGCGUGAAGUGGAAGAGCUGGAGAAAGCCCUACCAAUAACGUUGCCGUCUUCAUCUGAUUUAAUUGAUUUCCAACAAGCUAGAACACCAAAGCUACUCUCCAAACUCGAUGCAAUAUCUGAUGUUCCAGUCGAUUUGCUACCAAAGAAAGAAGAUCUUUCAAAUCGAAUCGACAUGAUUAACAAGAAAUUAGACGAUCAAGUGCAUGAAAUGGAGGAUUUCGAACAGAAAACUGUUGACUUGCAAAACGUUGUUGAUGAAUGCCGUGGUAAACUGAGAAUUCGUGAUACACCUGCUCCUAUCGAUGAUGUGACUAAGGAUGAGCAAGAUCUGUCAGCAAUUCUUGUCGCUGUCGAUUCAAUUCCACAAGAAGAUCUUUCACCGAGGAAUCAAUUGGCUCGAGAUGUGAACAAUAUUAAAGAACAAGUGAAGGGUCAAUUGGCAACCUUGCGGAAAGCUCUACCGGAUGAAAUGAAAGCACGUCAACAACAAGAUGAACUCAAGGAUCGCCUAUCAAGUAUUGCUGAUGCUUUGACAAGAGUCGAUCCUGAGAAUUUGGAAUCAGCUAAGCAACAAAUGGCAUCAAUUGAUACUGAACUACAGAAACUGAGUGGUGUCGCGGAUGCGUAUCAGCAAUUCGCUACCAGCCCAUCAUCAGUUGUCAGUCACGAUGAUCUCGAUAAGACUCUACCGGAACAAGUGCAGAAGUUGAAGAAGGAAUGUGAUGAGAAGAAGAAGGAUAUCGAACAGAUUGCGCAGUUGAAGUCAGUUGCGCCUGAGAUUCUUCUCAUUUCCGAAAGUCUACAGCAACAACCUGAAGAGAUACCACACAAUCUCAACGAUCAGCAAUCAGUGCUUGAGGAACUCGAGACAAAGAAGCAACGUCUUGAAAAUCUCAUACAAACGAUCCCUGUUGGCGAAGCGACGGAAGAGCUGCGACAGAGGAGCGCAUGGGAUCUGUCGAGACUGAAAGAUCUACUGAAAAGGCUUGGUGAUUCAGUUGGAGAUAAGCUUGCUGCGUUAGCUGCAUUCAAUGUUGCACGCAAAGAUGCUGAAGAUCAGCUGUUGAUGAUUGCCAGCUCUGAUGUUGACGAGAAAGGAAUAGAGGAUCUGAAGAACGACGAAGAUUGUCUUCAGAUACUGCAGGAACGAGUCCGUCAAGUAGACGGUGACCAGCUAGAUGACGAGCAACGCGAUGAAUAUUCCAGCCUACUUGAUCGCCUCAGGCGGUUGCUCGCGGUCACUAAGCAACGUCGAAGUGACAUGGAAAUAGAAAUGGCUCGACGUGCAGCCGAUGAAGAACUGAGAAAUGCUAUCACACCAGUAUCUGUUCGCCUUGUUCAACUUGUCAAUGAUGCUGAUCGCUUGUUAGGAGAUGCCGAAGGAGUACCAGCACAAUAUAGACCAACUGCUGAUGAGCUUAUUAAUGAAUGUAGAAAAGCUGGUGAACUUCUGAGAAACGCACCUGCGGCUCAUCCUUCUGUGGAAUUCCUCGAAGUUGCACUCUCAUCUGCUGAGAGAGUAAUUCCUGUUUUACAUGAGCGUGCGAACAUCUGGAAUGUAUUCGUGAAAGUUCGAGACGAUGCCACGAAAAUACUGGAGUCGGUAGAUGCAAAUCUUCCACGAUUACAACCGGGAGCCGCACUCCUAUCUACGUCAGAAGGAGAGGAUCUCCUAAACUACUUGAAAGAAAUGUACGGUGACAUCGAGCGGCUUCGUACUGCAGAGAAGCAGAUGAAUGAGCUAGCGCUUCUUUUGCGGCCUCUUUUGCAGCCGCAGCAAGAAAUACGCUUCUUCACUGUCGAUCAAGAAAAUACAGAGAAACAUUAUGAGGAAAUUAUGGAAAGGGUUGCAACAGAGCUCACUGCCGAAGCACAACUAAACCGCACCCUUGAGAUUCUCACUACUGAACUUACUCAAUGCAGCGAGGAGCUGACAUCCGCCACUGGACUAAAAGACCGUCUGAGUCACGAAUCGCUACUCCAGGACAUUAUUGCACAUUUGGAGAACCAGAAAGUGAUUGUCGAGCGCAGUGCACAAGGUCGACAAUUCAUAGAGAGCAAUACAUCGAUAAGCUUAGAUCUGCUGAUGCAACGUGCUCAAGAGCUUCUCGAAACACUUCGCCGAGCCCCACCAUCCACCUAUGAAGCAGCUGCGGAGGAAUACGACGUCGAUGCAGCUGCUGACGUACUUGCCGCACUUUAUCCGGAAGCGCAUCCUUACAGUGUACUAGCAGAACACGGAUUUGAAGGUAUCGGAUCGGAUGAUACGGAUUCAAAGAGUGAAUUGGAAUCGAUCGGUGGAUCGUCUUCCGGAUUACUCUCUCCCCUACCAGAGACAAGCACGGGCCUUGUGGCCCCAUCACAAUUCCAUCGUCAGAGGUCGCGAUGGAGACGGGUUUUACGUACAGCACUACCUCUUCAGGCAAUGCUGGUUCUGCUGUUGGGAGCAGCUUGUCUAGUUCCACACUGCGAUGAUGAGUACUGCUGUCAACUAUUGAACAAUUUCGCAAGAAGCUUUGAUCCAUCUCUCGAAUUUAUCAAUGGACCUCCGCCUUUCUAG